CGGUGGAUCUCCGCUGCGGUUCCUGCCGGCUUGGGGCGGCUGCGCGUCCGAAGGAGCGAGUUGUGCAGCGAGGCGGCUUGAUCUGGCCCAGCCAUGGACCGGAAGGUGGCUCGAGAAUUCCGGCACAAGGUGGAUUUUCUGAUUGAAAAUGAUGCAGAGAAGGACUAUCUGUAUGACGUGCUACGGAUGUAUCACCAAACCAUGGAUGUGACCGUGCUUGUGGGAGACCUGAAGCUGGUCAUCAAUGAGCCUAGCCGCCUGCCACUGUUUGACGCCAUCAGGCCCCUGAUCCCGCUGAAGCACCAGGUGGAGUACGACCAGCUGACGCCCCGGCGCUCCAGGAAGCUGAAGGAGGUGCGUCUGGACCGUCUGCACCCCGAAGGCCUCGGCCUCAGCGUUCGUGGGGGCCUCGAGUUCGGCUGCGGGCUCUUCAUCUCCCACCUCAUCAAAGACGGUCAGGCAGACAGUGUCGGGCUCCAGGUAGGGGAUGAGAUCGUCCGGAUCAAUGGAUAUUCCAUCUCCUCCUGCACCCACGAGGAGGUCAUCAACCUCAUCCGCACCAAGAAGACUGUGUCCAUCAAAGUGAGACACAUUGGCCUGAUUCCUGUGAAGAGCUCUCCUGAUGAACCCCUCAAAUGGCAGUAUGUGGAUCAGUUUGUGUCAGAAUCCGGGGGAGGGCGGAGUAGCCUGGGCUUCCCUGGCAGUCGGGAAAACAAGGAGAAGAAGGUCUUCAUCAGCCUGGUAGGAUCCCGGGGCCUCGGCUGCAGCAUUUCCAGUGGGCCCAUCCAGAAGCCCGGCAUCUUUAUCAGCCACGUGAAGCCUGGCUCCCUGUCUGCCGAGGUGGGGUUGGAGACGGGGGACCAGAUUGUCGAAGUCAACGGCAUCGACUUCUCCAACCUGGACCACAAGGAGGCCGUGCACGUGCUGAAGAGUAGCCGCAGCCUGACCAUCUCCGUUGUAGCUGGAGCUGGCCGGGAGCUGUUCCUGACAGACCGGGAGCGGCUGGAGGAGGCACGGCAGCGGGAGCUCCAGCGGCAGGAGCUUCUCAUGCAGAAGCGGCUGGCAAUGGAGUCCGACAAGAUCCUCCAGGAGCAGCAGGAGAUGGAGCGACAAAGGAAAAGGGAAGUUGCCCAGAAGGCAGCAGAGGAGAAUGAAAGAUACCGGAAGGAGAUGGAACAGAUUCUAGAAGAGGAGGAGAAGUUUAAGAAGCAGUGGGAAGAAGACUGGGGCUCAAAAAAACAGCUGCUCUCACCUAAAACCAUCACCGCCGAAGUGCACCCAGUACCCCUUCACAAGCCUAAGUCCUUUGGGUGGUUUUAUCGUUACGAUGGCAAAUUCCCAACCAUCCGCAAGAAAGGAAAGGAUAAGAAGAAAGCCAAGUACGACAGCCUGCAGGAGUUGAGAAAGAAUAAGAAGGAACUAGAGUUUGAGCAAAAGCUUUACAAAGAGAAAGAGGAAAUGCUGGAAAAGGAAAAACAACUGAAGAUCAACCGGCUGGCCCAGGAGGUGUCCGAGACAGAGCGGGAAGAUCUUGAGGAAUCGGAAAAGAUUCAGUAUUGGGUGGAAAGGCUCUGUCAGACGCGCCUUGAGCAGAUUUCCUCUGCUGAUAAUGAGAUGUCAGAGAUGACCACGGGGCCCCCGCCUCCCCCACCUUCUGUGUCUCCCCUGGUCCCACCCCUGAGACGCUUCGCAGGCGGGCUGCACCUCCACACCACUGACCUGGAUGACAUCCCCUUGGACAUGUUCUACUAUCCCCCCAAGACUCCCUCCGCCUUACCCGUGAUGCCCCACCCUCCACCCUCCAACCCAUCCCUCAAGGUCCCUGCACCCCCUGUCCUUCCGUCGUCAGGCCAUGUGUGUGCCCCAUCUUCACCCUGGGUGCAACGCACUCCACCCCCCAUUCCCAUCCCUCCCCCACCAUCUAUUCCCACCCAAGACCUGACUCCUACCCGCCCGCUACCCUCGGCACUGGAAGAGGCACUGGGCAACCACCCCUUCCGUGCUGGGGACACAGGAGAUCCAACAGAGGACUGGGAGGCAAACCACAGUGGGAAGCCCACUAACUCCCCUGUUCCUGAACGGAGUUUCCCACCCACCCCAAAGACAUUUUGCCCAAGCCCACAGCCUCCACGAGGCCCUGGCGUGUCCACUAUCUCCAAGCCCGUCAUGGUCCCCCAGGAGUCCAACUUCAUCUACAGGCCAGCUGUGAAAUCUGAGGUCCUGCCACAGGAGAUGUUGAAGAGGAUGGUGGUUUAUCAGACAGCGUUCAGACAAGAUUUCCGGAAAUAUGAGGAAGGCUUUGACCCCUACUCCAUGUUCACCCCAGAGCAGAUCAUAGGGAAGGAUGUCCGGCUCCUGCGCAUUAAGAAGGAGGGAUCCUUAGAUCUGGCCCUAGAAGGCGGUGUGGACUCCCCGAUCGGGAAGGUGGUCGUCUCGGCUGUGUAUGAGGGGGGAGCUGCUGAGCGGCACGGUGGCAUUGUGAAAGGGGAUGAGGUCAUGGCGAUCAAUGGCAAGAUCGUGACGGACUACACCCUGGCCGAGGCUGAGGCCACCCUGCAGAAGGCCUGGAGUCAGGGGGGCUUCUUCCCACAGGACUGGAUUGACCUUGUUGUUGCCGUCUGCCCCCCCAAGGAGUACGACGAUGAGCUCUCUUCUCUUCCCUCUGCAGCCAAAAGCCCCCAGCCGGUCCGAAAGGUCCUUGAAGACCGUGCUCCCGUGCCCAGACACGGGGUCCUCCUGCAGCUGGAGCCACAGAACCUUCUUCUAAAGUCCAGAAGGAGAAACCAAAUUCACCCCGAGAAGCCAGGGAGCUCCGGACCCACCCUCCUGAACACAGAGCCUGGAACCAGCCUUGAGAGAUGCCAGUGGGCAGGCACCCUGGAAACCUACAGCCAGCACCCAAGGAUUUCCAACUCCCGUUGGCCCUGAAUUAGGGCUGCGUAAGGAACACCACAGGCCACUCCCCUGAGGGUCACCACGGAGGGAGGAAGUAGCAGUUCCAAAGAGGGCCCCUGGGAUUCGGACUCUCGUUUCUUUCUUCCAGUCCUGUGAAUUUGGUCUCUCCCAGCCCUGGGAUCUCAAGAGUCAGUCAAGGGAAUUCUCAAGAAAUCACGAGUUGUCCCUUGAAUUCUGACAGGACCUGACUCCUGGGUCUCUCUGCCGCUCCCGCUCCUCUUGCUCCUGCUAAUUGCUGCCACAAACCUUCCUCUGAACUCAUUAACAAAAUAAAUUGCUUUCCCCUGAAACAAAUAAUACAUUAUAUGUUAAUAAAAACAAAUAAACUGCCUUCAUUUCCA